UCGGGCGUGUACGCCAACGUCACGUCAGCCGACGUCGCUGUCCGUCUGCCGGGCGGGCGCAACGCGUUCAGCGCCUCGGCCACAGUCUACAGGUUCAACCCGUCGUCGGGCUGCAUGACCGCCACGGCCACCCGCCUGACCGCCGCCAACUCGAGCGCCACUGACCUCGUCACCCCGUCGCUCCAAGUAGACGACUCGAUCCUCGUCCUCCAGCUGAACCCGACUACCAGCUCCGCCGGCGCCGUCUACAAACCGGCCGCCGACGCCAAACUCUGUCCGUCCGACGAACUCCCCUCCACCGCGUCACGGCUCGCCUCGCCUUACGUGAAGUCGCUCAUCUUUUACUGGUGGCCGGAGAGCUAA